AAAACUUUGAAAGUUUCGUAUUGAAAUGUUUUUGUUGUAAUGAAAAACUGCCAAAAAAACAAUUUUUAUUUUAAUAAUAUAAAAAAUUAUAACUACGGUGAAUGUUUCUUUGAUUUGAUCUCAUUCUAUAAAUAAUGGCUGGUAAAAACAUAUUAGCAGAACUUCAACUAUAUACAGAUUAUCUUAAAGAAAGAACCCUUGUACUCAGAGAGGAAAACGCUAGACUAGAAAUGAUAUUUAAAAGACUAAAAAUGUUGAAUGACGAAAAUAGAAUACCCACAGAUAUAUCUGAAAAAAUGUCCGAAAUAAAAGAAACUCUCAUAAAUACACCAUUAUCUUCUAUAUCCCAAACAGAAAGGUUGAGAAAACAUCAUAAUUAUCUAUCAAAAUUGAAAAUUUGUAUUAAAAUUUAUAUCAAUAUUAAUGAAAGACUUUCAGGUGACAUCAAAAUGGCAAAAAGAGAACUUGAGCAUUCAAACCAAAAGUUAGCAGGUAUUUCAAAUUUGAGUUUAGAGCAAAUACAACAAUUGGAAGAAAAGGCUAAAAGAUAUGAGAAUGAAGUGUCUAAAUUUGAGAGAAAAUAUCCUUGGUUGAAAGAUCCGAUGUUUGAUUUACCUAACAUAACAAAAGAAACGCAAAAGCUACAAGAAGUGAAGACUACUAAAGAAAAAUUAAUAAAAGAACUCAGUGUGUAUCAAGGAUUAAAACCAGACAUUAGAGAAGCCAAUCAACAGCUCGCUCAAAUUAAAGAAGAACAUAAUAAAAUCAGUGCUCUAUUGUUAGAUUCCCAGGUGUCCGGACAAAAUUUCAAUUAUAUCGAUAAGAGAUAGGAGAGCGUUCGGUUUUUGGAAACAUUCAAUUGAGUCAUUUCAUCAGAACUAAGUGAUAAUUAUAGAAUAGAAAAUAUAUUUAAAAUUCGACUUUGUUUUUUCAAAAUAUCUACAUCUGACUCUAUUGGCCAAUGCGACAUCAGUAUUGUGUACAAUUUACCUUCAGUUUUACAAAAAAAGAUUUGAAGUGUCCUGUCAAAGUUGAUUUGCAUUCAAAAUGUUUUCAAUUUUGAAUCUAUUUUAUAUUAUUGUUAAUGGUUAUCAAAAUAAAUGCUUAUAAUUUAUAACAAA